GUGAAAUAUUUGCAUAUGUGUUGUUAUAGGAAGUCAUGUAAUUUUUCGUAUUUUUUAUUUCAGAGUUCUCACCUUGCGAUGAUCGACACUUUAAUGAUGGCGUACACUGUUGAAAUGGUCAGCGUGGAGAGAGUUCUGACCUGCAUACAGAAAUUUACUCCUGUACUUCCUGAAGAGGACUUCCCUUAUGAUGCUGAAGAGGCAAUAACCACUUGGAUCAAUAAGGUAAAUGAACAUCUUAGAGACCUUUUGGCCCAAGAACAGAGAGUCCAAGAUAUAGGAGAACCCUGCACAAUUCAAAAGGGCCGCUACAGGAAAGAAGACUCUAAAGCACGUUCAGCUCUUCGUCUCCCCCUGGUGGACAAUCUACUGAAGGACAACACAGACGGCUGCGCACUGGCUGCACUGCUGCACUUCUACUGUCCUGAUGCUGUUCCUCUGGAAGAUAUCUGUAUCAAAGAAACAAUGUCAUUGGCUGACAGUCUGUACAAUCUCCAGCUGAUCCAGGAGUUCUGCAGGGAAAACCUCAGCAACUGCUGUCACUUCACCCUGGAGGAUAUGCUGUAUGCCUCCAGCACCAUCAAGAGUAACUACCUUGUGUUUAUGGCAGAGCUAUUCUGGUGGUGUGAAGUUGUGAAACCAUCUUUUGUUCGGCCCCGCACACUCAAUACCAAAGCUUCUAACCCAUCCCAGUCCAAUAAUAUGGCUCCCAUAACCAAACAAAACCUGAUCCACAGACCAGGCAGUCCAGAGCAGUCUAGGUCACAACCUAAAAAUGACAACUCAGCAGUUAUCAGGCAGUCAUCCUCCUUGUCAUAUGUGGACGGAUGUGUGGGGACAUGGCCAAAAGAGAAACGGUCUUCAGCUCAUGGGAUAUCAUUUGAGAUUCCACUUGAUGACAGCACAUGUUCAUCUUCAAGACGUGGACUGAGCCGAUCAGCAAGCACAGAAGGUUUGUGUUUUAAAGUCCACCAUGCAGCCCGAGGAAUGCGGAGGAACCUUUCAUUCCAGCCCGUUAAUGGGAACGCCCACAGCAAAAUACAUGAGGAGGAUGAUGAAAAAUCCAACAGACAAAUCAGCAGACAUCGUCUGGGAAACUACACUGGGUACUCAAAUGGUGUGUCAGCAGAUAACCUCAGCCCUCCGUAUGACCCUCAACCCAAUACUCCUAGUAUAGAAGAAGCCCUAAAGAUCAUCCAUGACUCUGAACAACCCCACAGCAGCUUGCACCCCCCAUCUGGGGACAGCACCUUUUUCCUACACAACCCAUCUUCCCACAACUCCGCCACUGACUCAAAUGAUUCCGAGGACUCUCUUUCCAAGGUCAGAGCAGACGACGCGGACCUGAAUUCCACCUCUACUGACAUGGACACUGGAAUCCAUGUCCGUACCGAGGACAUCCAGGAUGGACAGGAUGAGGAUUCAUCCCUAAAGGACUACUCGGACAUGGACCCGGACCAUGAGGCUCGUUCCUGCCCACUUCCGGAGACGUCCGGCAGCCCAUGUCCAAGCCUUUUGGGAAUGCAUUCCCUGGCCACCAGCAUGGCCUCCUCGUUGGGUUCUGCGGUUCGAAUGACCAGCUUCGCUGAACAGAAAUUUCGUAAACUAAACCACGGUGAUGGCCGCAGCAGCGGUAGUGGCGGUAACACGCCUGAGAGUGGUGAGCUGAACGUCACAACCCCAGGAGCAUCAGGGACGGUUCGCUCGAUUACUCCUGACGCACGCAGCCCUGCUCGCAUCACUUCCCCUCGUGAUCCCUCGCAACUGUUGGCAUCGGAGAUGGUGCAGUUGAAGAUGAAGCUGGAAGAGAAACGCAGAGCCAUUGAGGCACAGAAGAAGAAAGUCGAAGCGGCUUUCACACGUCACAGGCAGCGCAUGGGCAGGACUGCCUUCCUCAACGUGGUUAGGCGUAAAGGAGUCGUGUCGCCACUAGGGGGCGACAGUAAAGGCCCAGAUGGUCAGGAAAAACAGAUCGGCGACCCAGAACCUCUAAAGACACCCUUGAAUUUGAAUGACUCCAAUUCCAGACUUGAGAGAUGUCGACCAGACGGUGCACCACCAAAAUCACCCCUGGAGGAAGCAGCCGUGGAGGUGGAUUUGGCAGAGUACACGCGAUCCAUCGAGCGCCUGAACACAUCACUGAACUUCCUACAGUCAGAGAUGCAGCGUUUGGCACAGCAGCAGGAACGCAUAAUGCAGAUGCGUGAUCAUCAGAGUUGGGUGAUUCCGCCACCGGACCCGGUGCCACGCAAACAGCUGCGUGAGUUGCGCAGCAGCAGUGUAGUGGGCCGAGGUUCGGUGGGGUCGCUCUCCCCCAUUUUGUCAUCCACCGGGUCACCACGCACAUCACACCGUUCACCCUCGACAAUCAAAAGGAAGUCUGCGUCUUUCCAUGCAAGGACGCCACGAACGCCAAGGCCCAACGACCUGAAGGUCACGCCCUUCAGCCGCAUGCUCAACACGCAGCAGUCGGUGGACAGCUUGCCUCGACUUAGACGUUUCUUGCCCAGCCAGAUGCAGACCAGCUCAUUUGCCUACUUGGGACAUGAUGAGGGACCUUCAAGUGAGGAUGCACAAAAAGCAGCUGCAAAUCCACCAUCUGCUCAGGUGAACGCAAAGCAGGAAGAAGCAAAACAUGAUAGAAACAUGAAUGUGCCAACAUCUGAGGUUCUGUCUCAGCCAACAAUGGACCGUUCGACGGAAACAGCAAGUGGGGACACAAAUGAAGAAGAGUCACAAGAGAAGAAGGAUCUGAUUGAGGUUCCUCUCUCUAUUCUGAAGCCUCUAGAUGGGCAUAAUCUGGAGAGCAGCAGAGAAACAGAGACUGGACCAGAAUUUAGACCAGACCAGAAGAUGUGCUGUGGCUUCUUUUACAAGGACGACCUGAAGGGAGAGGAGGAUAUUGCACAGAAGAAAGCAGCUCUGAUGGAGAAAAGGUUGCGGAGGGAGAAAGAGAUGCAGAUGAAGAAACAGCAACAGGAGGCAGAGAUGGAACAGAAGAAAGAAGCAGCACGAAUGAAAGCGGAAGAGGAUCUUCUGAGGAAGGAGGAGGAGAAGGCAAGACGGGAGUUUAUAAGAAAUGAAUAUAUGAGGAAGAAGCAGCUCAAACUGAUGGAUGACAUGGACAGUGUCAUUAAGCCCCGCCCCCCUGGCGCAAAGCAAAAGAAGCCACGCCCCAAAUCUAUGCACAGAGACAUCAUGGAGUCUCCAAAACCUCCAGCACGGACAGCCACAGGGUCACGGCCUCGUGGAUAUUCCGUGUCCAGCUUAUCACUCGCCUCCCUUAACUUGGCAGACAAUGAGAGUGUCCAAUCAGAUAAGAGGACAUCUAGAGGCAGCAGACUGUCUCCUGGCAGUCUGUGUUUCUUUCUGAGCUCCCCUAAAGGGAGAAAGGGAAGGUCAGUCUGCAGACAGCAUCACACCCAUGUCAUUACCUCACAGUGCUGACGCCUGUCAUUUCAGCUUAGGCGCUGAACAAACUCAUUCGCUUGGACAGAUCAGUUCACUGGUUCAUUCAAACGUAAUAAACUGUUACAUAAUUAUCAUCUUUGAAUCACUUUUGUUAUAAAACGAUCGAUGCUACAGCGCACAACAUGACAUUUUUAGUUUUUCCUUGAUUUUCCUGUGAUUUUCCUGUUUCUUUGCAGUGGUGUUUAUUUGUCAGCUACUUCAUCAUUGCAGCAACAGAAAAUAGUUCUUCUUUUAAGCAACUGUUUAUGAGACUCAGGCCCUGUUUACACCCAGUAUUAAGAUGUGUUUUGGUUGAUCAGAUCAGGGAGACAUACCCGAUUACACUUGGUGUUUUAAUCUGUCUCUUUUGCCCACUUUCAACCACUCCUGUCCUGUUUUCUUUGAGGGGACGGUCAAUUGGUGGGUAAAAUGUGUGGGGGUUUUUUUAAGAUCUUUCCAUCUAAUGGACAAAAUAAGCUAGUGCAAUUUACAUAUAAACGCUCCUGGAGACAACAGAAAAACAAGCUUUCGUUUCUGCUCUGACAGCCACAAGAUCACAAAACACGGUGAGUGCGUGUGAGAAAUCAGGAGUUAUGAGAGAACACUGUGCUUGGUACGUUUUUCGUCUUCAAACUAAUCUUUGGCUCUCCAGCCAACAAAGUUAAAUCCCUAGUGCGCUUCCCAUAAUAUUUACACAUUAGGUCAGUAGGUGGAGAGUAGGCAGCCUUUUGUUGCUGUUCGAACACUUUCAACCAUGAGUGUCUACACCAUAGACUGUAAAAAAAGAUGGACGACGCGACGCCGCUUCCUUCCAUUGUAUUGAACUGAAGCCAAAAUGGGCCGAUGAAUGGGCGCUGACACGUUACGCAAUACGUCAAAAAAAAAAAAG